AGACUAUUCAUAAAUAGAAAUGUCUACCGAAAGAACAUUUAUUAUGGUUAAGCCUGAUGGUGUAGUUCGAGGUUUGACAGCUAAAGUUAUCAAGCGCUUUGAGGAGAAAGGAUACAAACUGGUUGCAAUGAAGUUUAUGAAAGCCAGUGAAGAACUUUUAAAUCAACAUUAUGCUGAUCUUAAAGAGAAAAAGUUUUUCCCAACACUAAUAAAACAUAUUGCAUCAGGCCCUGUAGUUCCAAUGGUUUGGGAAGGUAAAGAUGCAUGCAGAACCGGUCGAAUUCUUUUGGGUGAAACAAAUCCAUUAGAUUCAAAACCUGGCACACUUCGUGGUGAUUAUUCAAUUGAUUUAGGCCGUAAUAUUGUUCAUGGUUCUGACAGUGUUGAGUCUGCAAACAAAGAAAUUGCUCUUUGGUUUACAGAGAGUGAGUUAGUUGAAUGGAGUUCACCACUUCAUAGUUCUGUUUAUGAAUAAG